UACUCAGCUGCAGUAGCAGUUAGACGAGGUGUGACAUGCCGUUGUCCUUUCGCUCCUCCUCAGUGUCAGCCCUGCGUGUCUCCUAGCAGCUCUGUCUGAAACGUCAGGAGGAGGGAAAACCAACUAUCCAUCUCUACCUCCCUCCCUCCUCCCAGCUGCCCUCUCCUGCUGCACAUACAUGGCCCAUGACUGCAAGGGAGGGAGGUGGGAGGAGAGUGAGCCAGAGAGAGAGAGAGAGAGAGAAGCAAUCUGGCAGGCACAUGGCCAGUGAAUGAGAACUUGCUCUCAGCACACAGUCUCACUGGAUUUGAGCAAACGACCAAAGCUGUGUGAUGGCUGAGGCUGAACUUCAUAAAGAGAGGCUCCAGGCCCUGGCGGAGAAACGAAAAAGACAAACAGAGAUUGAGGAUAAAAGAAGACAGUUAGAUGAUCUUGUUCUGCAACUUCAACAUCUUAAGUCCAAAGCCAUGAGAGAGAGGUGGCUUCUACAAGGUACUCCAACGGGGCCUGAUGAGGAAGAUGAGGGACGCAGGAAACAGGUUGAGCAGGAUGAGCUACAUGCCAAGAAACUAGAAGACUCCAUUCAGAGACUGGAAUCUGAAAUCAUUCUGCUCGAGAAUGAAGAAUCGCAAAUAUCAGCCAAAGAGCAAGUGCUCAGAGAGAGACUUCGUGAAACAGAGAGCUCUAUUGAAGACCUACAGAAAAGUCUGCAGAACCAAGAUGGAGAUGCAGUGAAUCCAACCUGUUCCCAGAUCCCCAAGCUCUCAGGGUUGAACACCCAAAUGCUCUCCUCUGCGUCGGGGGAUCGCCAACACUCAAGAAAACCUGCAUUAUACGCCAUGGAGAUCAGCGUUGAAAAGGACCACAAGACGGGCGACACCAAGAUCUUGUCCACUUCACGUAUCAGCCCUGAGGAUGCCUACCAACGUGGCGUCAAGGUCUACGAAGAUGGGCGUAAGGUGAUCUACGAGGUACAUUCUGGGAGUUCCACCACAGUGGAGAACGGUGUGCACCCCUGGAGCUCAGAUGAGGUGGAGGAACUGAUACAGCGUGUGGGUCAUGCGCGCCACAGACCCGAUGGUACCCGUGUCACAAUCACACCAGGCGAGUCUGGGGUCAGGGAGCAGAGCAUAAUACCUUCAGAACUGGAGGUGGUACAAGAACAGCAAAGUUAUGAGGGUGAAAUGAAGAUAGAACAACGGCUUGAAGGCCACAGAGAAGAUCCGCAAGUACGCCAAAGCUUCGAGGGUGAGGUGAUGGAGGCACCUGAGGCCACAGCCGACAAGCCCGUCACUAUGAUUUUCAUGGGCUACCACAGUGUGGACGAUGACGAGGAGACUAAGAAGAUGCUGGGCUUCGAUGGCACCGUCAAAGCCGAGAUUGUCCUGAUCGAUGAGGAUGAUGAGAAGUCUUUGCGUGAGAAGACUGUCACAGAUGUCUCAACCGUGGACGGCAACGCCGCUGACCUCGUCUCAGGUCGGCCGGUGUCUGAGGCCACCGAACUUUCGUCCGAGGGCCAAGAUGAAAGUUCCGCCAAGAAGCCGCCGCCCACAGGUAGUGAGAAAGCUCGCUGUGUAUUGCUGACAGCAGAGCACGGCCUUUUCCCAGGAGUGCCUGCAAAAUCAUCAUACACCCAACCGAAAUCUUGCCAGCUCAAAGAGGAUGACACUGAACUAAAGAGCAGAAGGACCUCAGAGAAGAGCCUGAAGAGUGUCAGUUUCUUAGACCCAGUCAGUGUUAUAAGUGGAGGUAAGACUGACAUGGAGGUUGAGGUGCAAAGCAAAAGCCAGCUUAAUCAUGCAUCAAAUGGCCAGAAUGGUGUGAAGCACAAAGGAGAAGUGAUGGAUGAAGGAGAAGUUGCCCAGGAAAUACGUUAUCUCGACGAGGUGCUUGAGGCCAACUGUUGUGACACUGGAGCUGAGAUGACUUCAAAUGGAACUUAUUCCCCUGUGUUCCAAGCAAUAUAUGUUGAUGGAAAUGGGCCAUCUGUUCACAUUUCUGAUGCAUCAUCCUCAAUAGGUCAUGCAGUAGUUGUAGAAGGAAAACAACAGACCACCUAUGUUGAAGACAGUCUGAACAGUUCCAAACCAAAUGGUCAUCCAGGAAUAAUAGGUGAUGACUACAAUAGGUCACCUGAUAAUGAUACAGUCAAGAAUGAGGCCCGAUUUGAACUUCGUCCUUUCUAUGAAGAGAAAAAGCCAUCCAAGCUUUUUGAUACCCCAACAGAGAAAGAAAUAAGGGUGAAAAAGGUCAGGCCUUCAGAGGAGAUUGCAGAGCUGGAGAGAGAGCGCUUGGAGCUCAUUCGCGACCAAGCAGUCAAGAAAAAUCCAGGAAUUGCAGCAAAGUGGUGGAACCCACCACAAGAAAAGACACUGGAGGAGGAGUUGGACCCAGAAAAAUUAGAGUCACUAAGAAGAUAUGAAGAGAGAAAGCAGAAGAGACCUGAAGCAAACCGAGUACAACAGCCGUCCCCUAAACAGACAGUCUCCUUUUUCCAGCCUGAAAUGGGAAAUAAGGAGGACAUUGUGGUUCAAGGGAUUGAUUUUUCUGCAGCUCGCCAACAGUUCCUUCAGAUGGAGCACAGUAAGCACCAACAGCAACAGCCAGCCACAAAAAGAAGUGUGUCUCCCCAGAUAUACUCUGCCAAACCGUUCUCCAGGGCCUCUGAUAUUGAUAGGUCAAGCAGCUCUAUAACAGUCACCAGCCAUGGUAGAGUCACCCUGGAAGAUGGUGGUGAAAUGAACCAUGUAAAAACUGAAAGGGUUUUUUGCAGUUCUGGAGAUUCUCCCAUACAAAGCAGGGACAGUAUGUCUGACACUGAAGUGAAAAAUGAUGACUUUACCUGUGCCCGAGCAGUGAUGACCAUCCUCAAGGAUGAAGACUAUGAAUUGCACCACCAAUCCAUUAACAGUUCCUCUCAUCCUGAGGAGAUAGACUCUGGAUUGGAUGACCUAUCUCUUAGAUCUCAGGAUACCACUAUGCUCGAGACCUUGUCCAAUGAUUUCAGCAUGGAUAACAUAAGUGAGAGUGGUGCCUCCAAUGAGAUCAUAAGCGCCGCCUUGGAGAAUUCCUUUGGUGACUACUCUUUCCCCUCUACCCCACUGGCCACAACACCUAUUAAUGGGAAAGUGGAGGGCAGCACCAAAUCACCAAGUUGCACCUAUCAAACAGACAGCUUGACAGAGGAGGAACUUGAAUAUCAUGCAGGUAUCUUGGUCCAAAAUGCCAUCCAGCAAGCUAUUGCACAUCAGACAAACAAAUGGGAACCACUCCAGGCUAUGCAGCAGUCCUCCCCAAUCCCAGAGCGACAAGAAGAGACUUCAGAACCUUCACCACCAACACCUGCGGAGAAAUAUCCUUACAUGCCACCUGAUACAGAGCCAUACCCUGUGGAAGAAAAGAAAAUCAUAGCUUCUACAACUACUGUACAGGUGCCUACAGCUCAAGCAACUUCAGUUAUAACGGUGAAUGCUUACAGGCCCCCAAGUCCUUCUCCUCCACCAAGUGAGAAGCCAGAUUUCAGCUAUUUCAGUAAGUACUCAGAGGCAGCAGAGCUCCGAAGCACAGCAUCUGUGACUCCUGCACAAGGCACAGAAGUCACCUCAGGGCCUUUCAAACUGCGUUCACGCAAGCAGAGGACUCUGUCCAUGAUUGAGGAAGAGAUCCGGGCUGCCCAGGAACGGGAGGAAGAGCUUCGCCGGGAACGACAAGCCCAGAUUUUGCGUCCCAUAAUUAAUCCCAUUCACAAACAAAAGACCAACAGCCUUCCAGCCAAAUUAGUCCUUGGUGGGAAGACAGCUCCUGGUAAAAUUGAAAAGAUCCGUGUUGCCCCGCCAGUAUCUCCAGCUUCUUCUGAAGGUGCACUCCCAUCCCCUCUUUCUGAUCUGGGGAGUGAUGACUCAGGCGGAAGCCAGCGGCCUAAAAACUUCAUGCAGACCCUAAUGGAAGAUUAUGAGACACACAAAGUCAGGCGUCGGGAGAAGGCUGACGACAACAGUUAUGUGCGUCUAUUGCUCGCUAAAGAUGUUACAUCUGAGGUUCUAGAGGCGACGCGAGUCACCCGCAGGAAAAGUAACAUGGCUCUGCGAUGGGAGGCAGGAAUCUAUGCCAACCAGGAAGAAGCUGAGGAGGAAGAGGAGGAAGAGGAGGAAGAGUAAAGCCAGCUCCCUAUUUAAACAACAGGAAGAGUGAGAGAAAACCAAAAGUAUGUUGGAGAAAUUCACAAGUAUUUAUGCUGAGUAUAUGUAUAUUGCAGGAACAAUUAAUAAUUGGAUCUCCAAAUGAUCACCACAGAAGAUCAUCCAGUCAUGUGGUGAGAUCUGUGGAAAGGUUCUCACUAAAAACUCAAUGCGAUGGCAAUUUGGUAUCCAAAUAUAUUAUUGUGCUUUCUGUCUCUCUUCUGUCUCUCAAGCUUUUUUCAGUUGAUGUGUGCAGUACUUUGGGACAUGUGCAAAGAAAAUGCUUGUUUUCAUUUUUGGAUUGCUUUCUCUUUUUUUAUGGUUGGGUAUAUAAAUUGGCUUUGAAUUGAUCAUGCCAAGUGAUCCAUGUGUGCGUUUUCAAGUGGUUCAAGAGAGAUUAUGUAUGAAGAUUUGUCAGAGGGUGAUGUGAAGUAUUUCUAUACAUUUAAAAAUACAUUUUGUAUUCAAAUGGGAGCACUUGAUUAAGAUGAAACAAAAAUGGUGUUUGUUGUGUGAAAUUUUAAUGAGGAUUCCCAUGUUAAGUAAGCAUUUCAGGUAGAAUGGGUUAUACCAGUUCCAGUCCUUGUUAAGCCUAAGGAUUUGAUUUACGAAUAUACGGUCACAAAUGCAGUUUAUGUUAUUUAUAUUACAGUAAAGUAGCACAACAUACAUAUUCUAUAGCACAAUAGGUCCAAUUGUUGUACAAAUAAUUAGAUCCUGUACAUAAUUAACAAUAUUAGAUUAAAAAUCCACUGAAAAUGAAACACUGCAGUGGGAAUCUUUUAGAGACAGAAAAUGUAAGUAGGGCACAGAAUGGUUUGGCUUGAAGACUUGUUUAAAAACUUGUAGCUGAACAAAAGUAGUAUUGUCCAGGUUUGUAAAUGCACAAUGUAUUCAGUCAGUCAACUAUUACGUUAACACUGAAAAAUAAUAAAUAUGGCAAUUCAUUGCUAAAGCUGCUUUUUAGCAGCCAGCCCAGACAGAAAACAGAUAAAGGAAUAAGAGCUGGGGUACCAUUACACCAUGGUAAACUGCAACCUAAACCACAAAGUGCAUGUGAACUGCAUAUACUGUUUCAGUUUUCAUGAAUUUUUCCCUUUAACCAACUUACUUUUGUAUUGUGUGACUGGACACAACAAUCUUAUACUAUGUAUGUGAUCAUGUGUGAUAGAAUGUAUGUAAGAUAUAUUGAAUGAGUACAGCCAGGGUUGCCAGAUUGAGAUAAAUACAGCCACCAACAUUGUUGUUUACAACACAUCUCAACCAUCUGCUGGAUUAUUUUUGUUUGUUUGUUUUUUUUACAAAACGCCAAUAAUGAAUGAAAUUCCCCAAUCUGGCAACACUGAGUGAGUACAGUGUGCUGUGCACCAUAUACAAGAGUGAUGUAGGAUUUCAGCUUGUGUAAAUGAACAGGACAUGUCAGGCCAUGAUAUGGAAAUAGCAAUACAGGUGUUUAGAAGCACCAUCAAUGAAAAAUGAAUUCCUUACACUAAAUCCCUCUCUCUGGAGUUUUAUAGUAAGUAAAGGCUUUAUUAGUGAGCUAUAUGAACCGUUUCUCUUUUAUACUGUGUGUUUGCCUUGUUUUAGUGGAUUUGAUUAGAAUGUGUAAAUGCAAUGCAGUGAAAAAGUGUUAUAUGAAUGCUUUGUAUAUAAUUAUAAACAUAUGAAAGUGGGGAUUGAUGUUUCUUAACCGAAAAACACCAGCAUAUUAGAAAAGCAAAGUCAGAUUUGACAUCCAUCCAGGCUGAUGGUGGGUACGGACACACCGUCAAUAAGGAAGAAUUCAUUCCGGAGAACAAAACAGCAACAUCCUUUGGCAAACGUUCUUGAGAUGCUUUUCUUGACAUUAGUUUUGGGGUCUUAUUCCACCCACAAGGAAUAAAGCUAUGGAUUUUACACCUGAAAGGAUAUAUAUUACAAGAACACUCAUUCAGUAGACUUUCACAAAAGCUUUUUCCAUAAUUUUUUUUUUUUUUUUUUUUUUUACAUACUUAUAGUGUAAUACGUGAAAAUGCAGUAUUUAAUACACAUCUGUCCUGAUGUUAGGCACAACUGUGAGUGCAAAACCACCAUUUUCUUUAAGAUUGCGCCCUGUGAUGUGAAGAGGAAAGACAAGACAAGAGAAAAAUCUGUACUGAAAUGAUAUUGUUGAUUCAAUGGUAACAAGUUUCAAAGCGUUGCAUUUGAUGAAAAUCUGGAAAAGAUGUUUUUGCAGGAACUUCUCGUAGACCAAAGGUCUUCAGUGUUGUAUCAUGAUAUUAUAACCAUACUGGAACAAUCUAUGACAGGGACCUUCAAUGUCUUCAAUAUCUUCAAUUAUCAUCUUUGUAGCUGUAGGCUUUCAUUCCAACCAACAGGAGCCACACCUGAUUUCACUUGUCUAAUCAGUUCACCUUGGUCACCCUUCAACUAUCCAGUGUGCCUCCAAUUUGUCUGUAAUGAAAGCCUUCAGCCACAUCUAUAACAUUGAAGAUCCCUGUCAUAGAUUGUUCUCGUAUGGUUAUAAUAUCAUGAUAGGACUGAUGAUUUUUAGACUGUGUGCUAUAGUAGUCUGUCUGGAUCUGACAGUAAGCAAUGAAUCUAGAACAUCAUACCUAUUGAAAGACAUGUUUCAUAUUCAGAUAUUUCAGUGUGCUAUAUGACCUGAUUAGUAGGCAUAUGUUUUGAAUAAUAUAAGAGAGAAAUAUUUUUCUUUGUGCAGUGAACUAUUUACAGUGUAUCUAUGAAUGGGACAUAGUUUUAUGAAGGCUGGUGUUUUAUUACCAUGUAUGUGCAUUUCUGCAAGGUAUAACCUUUUGUGUGAGAGAGAAUGUGCGCAUGUGUGCUUGUGAGCAUGGAUGUGUGUCUGACUAAGCAAUUUUUAGAUUUACAGAAAUAUAUGUAAGUCUCCAGGACAUCCUGUUCAUCCUCAGUAGCAACUUGUGUGCUAAAUAAUUGCCAUAUAUACAUGUAAGCAGUUUUGAGUAGGUAAAUGAAAUUCAUAAAUAAGUGUUUUUCAAGCCUUCAUUUGGAUUGGGUUGAAGCUUGGAUUUUCCAAAGAAGUGUGUUCUCCAAAAAAUCUGCAAACAAAGGAGCCUUUGCUUUAUUAUGACCUGAAGCUAAGUUAUGUAAAAAGUGUAGUGUAGUAGAAAAGAGGGCAUCAGAGAAAACCUCAAAUUAGCAGACAAGCUCUCUAAGACGUAAAAUUAUUAGCAAUGAUUUUGGUUGUUAUUUGACUUUGUUCAUGCAUGAUAUUUAUAUUGGGGGAGGUUAUAAAAUCAUCUGAUCAGCCAGAAGUGCAGGAAAUUUCUCUGAAAUUGUUAGAAGUCCUCCUCAGUAGACAGGUGCAGAUAGUUCAGACAGUACCUAUAGAUUUAAAAUGACACCCACUGAAAUGUUUUUUUUUGUUUUUUUUGGGGGGGGGGGGGUUGUUUUGUUUUUUUUAAUAAGUUCAUACAAUGUUGCUCUGUUUUUGCGAAUAUUCUCUUCGAAAAUUGGAAGCCAUUUAUUUUUGCAAGUACCAUUUCACUCUUUUUUUUCCCUUAUGAAGUGGCAAAGCGCUCAUGUUUUAAAAAAAAAAAAAAAAAAACAAACCAAAAAAAAACUCUUAAUUUGUUAACCACUUAUUGUAUGUUAAUAUAUUCUGCUUAUGUUGUUUUAUAGUAAUUGUAAGGCUUACACUUAAACGCAUAUAUAAUUAUUUUCUCAUUAAAAACAAAAUGCAUAAACAUGG